AUGUCGAGCAAGCAAAACUUUGGUCUGAUCAGGCGAGGCACUGGCAAUGCUGUUCUCGAGCCCAAAGCCGUACCAGAGCUCCAAGAUGACUACAUCCUGGUGAGGACGGCCGCAGUCGCCCUCAAUCCGACAGACUGGACCACUCUUGACGCGGCCGGGGACGACGGCACGCUCGUUGGCUGUGACUUUGCUGGUGUCGUCGAGGCAGUGGGCAGCAAGGUGACCAAACCUUUCAAGAAGGGCGACCGGAUCGCUGGAUUUGGGCACGGAGGUAAUGAUUUCAACCCCGAGACUGGCGCCUUUGCCCGGUACAUUGCCGUCAAGGGCGACAUACAGAUGCACGUCCCAGACAGCGUCAGCUUCGAGGAAGCAUCGACAACAGGUGUCGGGGUCGCGACGGCCGGAUACUCACUUUACUACGUCCUCAACCUUCCAUGGCCGGACGUGGACAAUGCUGCGGUGGCGGGUCCGGCAGACACAGAUGCCGAUGUCAUUUUUAUAUACGGAGGCAGCACGGCUACUGGGACUGUCGCGAUACAAUUCGCAAAACUAUCUGGCUGGAGGGUGGUAACAACAUGUUCACCACGAAACUUUGACCUCGUGAAGGGUCUCGGAGCCGAUCUUGUUUUCGACUACAAAGACCCAGACGUAGGCCAAAAGAUCCGGCAAGCAACAUCCUCCCGCAUAACAAAAGUCCUCGACACGGUCAGCGUAGAGUCCUCGGCAGCCAUCUGCGCCGAGGCCUUUGGGCCAGACGGCGGCGUGUACUGCAAUCUGCUCGGCGUCGACUGUCCCCGCGUUGACGACGUCAAGUCCGUCUUCUUCCUCGGGUACGACAUGGGGGGCGACACGUACAAGUUCGAAGGGGAGACGUACGAGGCCAGACCUGAGGCGUUCGAGUUUGCCCGCAGGUGGCUGGAGACUGCUGAGAAGCUCUGGGCCGCGGGGAAGUGGAAGGCUCACCCUCAGCGGGUGGGCGAGGGGGGUUUGCUGGGUUUGUUGGACGGUAUGCAGCAGAUGCGUGAGGGACUGGUCAGUGGUGAGAAAUUGGUGUACCGGGUGGACGAUACGAAAUGGCCUGGUGAUAGUAAUUAG